GCCUGAAUGCCAAGGGGAUGGCACAUGACACUUCUCUCACAGGCUUUCGACUUGUUGUGUUGGUCCUUGCAGCAUUGACUGUCAAUGCAGUGUUUUUGAUCUGGAUUUAUUCUGUUAAGCAUGGUGAAUCGUCGUCAGGAGCUGGACUGUUUCCAGGUCAUGACUUGGCCAAAUUCCUCAGAAGUCCCUCCUCCAAUUCUAGUGUGUUCUUUAAAGCUCUCCCCACCAAACAGAGCUUUGCUGAGCUAGGUGAGCUGGAGUGGGAGGAAGAGAGGAAGGAGAUGGACAGUGUGUUCCUGACCAAGAGUAGGACCCACAUCCAGGUGACUGAGUCAGGCUGGUACCUGGUCUUUGUCCAAGUCACCUUCAAGCUGCCAGCAGGGAAGGAGACCAGAGACCUAAUGCUAAGGCUGGAUUUCACCUAUUCGGAACAGACGGGCCAGAUUGCCAGUGCCUUCAACAAACGGCAGUUGCUGGAAGAGGAGCAAGACGCCACUCUGAGUUUCUUUGUCCUUGUGCGGGUGGGGCCGGAGAAUAGACUGUCUGUCCUGGCAAGCCACAGGGCCCUGAUUGAUUAUGAGAGGAGACCAGUCUCCACCUACAUCACCAUAAUUAGAUGCUCUGACUAGCCAAACUGGGCUGGCGUGUGGGCCAAGGUCUACUAGCUUUGGAAUCACUGUCUGUAUGCCAAUCAAAUGCCCACACUUAACAAUGAAAGAAACAAGUAUGUCACCACGACCAAAGACAGGCCUAGAUUCAAUCUCUAAGCUGAAUAUCAGUGUAAAGGUGACCGAAUGCUUCCCAGCCGAAACAGUUAGGAAGAGUUGGUGCAUAGAGUUAAAGUCGUAAAUUUACAUACUCCUUAGCCAAAUACAUUUAAACU